AUGACCUCUGCCUUCGAGUACAUAGUGGACAACGGAGGCAUCACCACCGAGGACGCCUACCCAUACGUCACGGCCCAAGGCAGGUGCGACUCUGAUGCCACACAGCUGGCCGCCACCAUCAGCGGCUACCAGGUCGUGCCUGCCAACAACGAGGACGCGCUCGCCGCCGCUGUCGCUAACCAGCCCGUGUCCGUGGGCAUCGAUGGAAAGCAGCCGAGCUUCCAGAUGUACAGUGGUGGCAUCAUGAUUGGCAACACCUGCGGCACAGAAAUCAACCACGCGGUCACCCUGGUGGGCUACGGUGUCCAGCAGGAUGGGACAAGCUACUGGCUCAUCAAGAACUCAUGGACCCAAAUCUGGGGAGAAGGAGGUUACAUGAAGCUCCACAGAGGCACGGGCGCUUGCGGCGUUUACAUGCUGGCUUCUUACCCUGUCGCAUGA